AUGACUGAACCAGAUGAUCCAUUUUAUCAACUGGGUCCUGUUAGAGACUAUUUGAUCUUCGUGGCUCAAUUUGAUGAUAAUUCGCGUCCCGAUGAGUUGGACGCAAGGGUGGAAGGGCUCGUUAGACUAUGUAACGACUUGUCUCAGUUUGGUUACCUCAAUUGCGAACACGACGGUAUCUACAAACGCCCCCGUGGGAUUCACGAAUAUCGAAAGGAUCGCGGCAAAUCAUCUCUGGCUACUUUAAAGAAGUAUUUCUACAUGAACUUAGAGGACCUCUGUCCCGAUGAGGAGUUAUUUCCUUGCAUAUUCGAAUUCUUGAUUUCUUGCCGUCCCGAACGACAACCAGUCCGGUUCAUGGACACUCAAUGUAGGAAACAUAAGGUGCGAACAACUGAGGGCUGGCAAAUAGAUGAACCGUACGACAAUUUUAGAAAGAUCGUGACAUUGAUUAUAGAACAGCAUCACCCUCCACUAGUGCAAGAAGAAUUAACUCCAUUAUCUGAAGAGCGAUACAUGGGUCCAUCGCCUCAGACCUUCUUCAGCAUUAUUAAAGAGACGAUUCGGAAAGUAAAAGAUGGAUUCCCCCGUAUGUAUUCACCUUGUGUUCACAUCCUUCAAAGUAGCAUGUACGGUAAGUCUAGAUUGAUCAAGGAUCUAGCUUCUCAUCACGCUUACUUGAGCUAUAUUAACUUAGGCGAGAGAUUGAGUUCUGGAAAUCCUAGUACUCUUUUCAGUCGAAAUGUUGAUAGGGGCUUGGUACCGGGAUACUUAACCUCAGCAGUCGAUCCCGAGGUUGCUCAAGAUGUUCUGCUAUUCCUGAUUUGCACACUUGAAACAAUCGUCAAAGGACUAGAACAAAAUGAAAGUAACUAUACAACGGUUGAGAAGUUUUGGACUUUCCAGAGACCGACAUCAGUCUUCGAUAAAAUUGUAGAGGAGAGUUUUGCCGACAAGGUACGAGGGGAAACUGAUAUAUGGAAAAUCCUCUCAUUUCCCAAUGCUAUUACUAUUAUAAAAGAUAAUGUGCUACUAUCUCUAGAAAUAAAAGAGCUACUAAGAGAAGAAUGGAAGAAAUACCGUUUGGCACUGAAGAAGAAUAAGGAUGCAAAUAUAGAACAAUACUUUAUCCUCGCCAUCGAUGAAGCUGGAGUCCUGAAUAUGAAAUAUACCCGAGGUACCAUGAACUUCCCAUACUUUCAGAUGCUUAAAAAGGUGGCCCGUUGCCUUGUGGCUGAUGAUCUAUGGAGAGGUUUUGCUAUAGUUCUUGCGAGCACAUCUGGUAUUCGUGAUUAUGAUUUUUUUUUGAGUGAGACCGGUGUAAUUGACGUUGAGCCCUGGUACGACCUAGGUACCUUCGACUAUCACGUACGAUGGGGUGAAAGACCGCUUACAUUAAACUUCAGCGACAUCGGAACCUUGAGAUUCUAUGCAAAGUUUGGUAGACCCGCGUGGAAGGAGUACAUUGACAGUGGCCGUGAGGAUAAACUUCUGGCCGAUGCCAAUUCCAAGCUUAGGGGAAGAAUCAAUGAUGGGCUAUCGAAGCAUCAUACCCUUCUCGUGAUAUACGCAGUACCCAUGAACUUCGGUUUCCGUACAAAGGGAAGAUUAGUAGAAUCGCGCAUGGCCACACUCCUAUCUAUGUCUGAUAAACGUCAUGAUCUCAAAGUAGGGUAUCCUAGUGAGCCAAUUCUGGUCAUGGCAGCCCAUAGGCUCUUGCAAGAGGAAAAUGACCUUGAUCUUAUCUCACUUCUCCUUAGGGAAAAUAUUAUGUCUCCUGGGGAAGCUAGUGAGCUCAUCGCGAGAUGGAUGUUGCUUGAUGUUCUGAAAAGCGUAGGUUUGCGCAAUGGCUUACAGAGUAAUUACUGUCGUGUUCGGGAUCUUUUCAAUGGUCUUGAGAAAAAAUAUCUCGUUACCUGUAAUUGCGACCAUCCAAAUCAACAUCACUUAUUUAACGAGAGGAUUCACAUCAACCACUGGAUGACUCUUAAAUCUGAGUGUACGAUUCAGAUGUUGGCGCUCGGAUUCUUGAGAGGCUGUGGAUUUUGCUUCGAAAGAAGAGACAGAGAUUUUGAUCUCAUUAUUCCCAUAUAUUUGGAAAGCAGAAAUGUUGACCUUACGAACAUCAGAUUCUUCGAACGGGGUGAGGAUAGUAAAUGGGGGUUAGCAGAGUUGGAUUCAGUAUCCCAAGCAUUUAGUGUUAUCCUCAUUCACGUCAGCAACAACGAGAGUUCUCAUGACGGUCACAACGCUGCCAUUCAUGAUAGAAUGGCAGAAGAAGUACAACUGAUCUUUGGCCGAUUCAAGUCAUUUAUCGGUUUGCAUAUCAUACUGGGAGGAAAACCACCUACCGAUUACGAAGAGAAACCCACGUAUAAUAAGGAUUGGGCAAGUGUCUUUACAAGUCAAGAAGAUUGGGCUGAUAUCCAUCCGCUAGAAAGGGAGCCUGGGUUAGCUCAGGGAUUUAAUCUUGCCUUUGACCUUAGUGUCAUAGGCAACAAAACUUCGAAUAGCGACUUCAUUGAUAAUUUGCAGCAAGUUGUUCAUUUGGCUAGAGAAGGUAGUGGGAAUCCGUCAAAGACUGUCAUGUUGCAGAGGUAUGCUUCGGCACCUUAUCUUAAUCAGAAGGUUAUUGGGGAAGCUCAUCAAAGAAAUAGACAACAGCAGUUGCAGCACAAUCAAAAAGAAGGUAAUGAAGGCCAGCAACAUGAGACACAAGGAUUUGAAGUUGCUUCUAUUAGAAGGCGACUACGCCCUCGCCCCGCAACCCUAUUGGAUAAGCCCAGCUCUCCAGAUGAGUCAGACGUACCAUCGGCUCCCGAUCUCUCGAAAAGCAAAGAACCAGCCAAUUCUACGAAGAGGCUUAAGCGAAAAGCAACUCCAGUAAACCGUCCUAGAAGACGUCGAGGACCCGGUCCUAGUUAA